UGUGACAGCGAUGGCGGUGGACCUGACGACGGGGCUGUCAAGACGCCUGGGGGGGGGGACCCAUGGGACUGCAGCGACUAAGAUAGCGGGGAGGAGGAGGAGGAUGAUGUCGAGGCGGAGGAGGAGGAGGAAGAGGAGGAGGAGGAGGAGGAGGAGGAGGAGGAGGAGGAGGAGGAGGAGGAGGAGGAGGAGGAGGAGGAGGAGGAGGAGGAGGAGGAGGAGGAGGAGGAGGAGGAGGAGGAGGAGGAGGAGGAGGAGGAGGAGGACGACGACGACGACGACGACGACGAAGAGGACGAGGAGGAGUAGGACGAGGCGGAGGAGGAGGAGGAGGAGUAGGACGAGGCGGAGGGCUAGGAGGAGGACUAGGAGGGGAAGGAGGAGGAGAGCACGCCGUUGAGCGCGACCAGGAGGAGGAUUAUGAU